UUGACAACAAACACACAUUAAAGUAUAUGUGUAUAUAUAGAUACGUGUGUGCAUGGGUCUCCUCUAUAUGAGUGAUCAAAAAUUGUAUUGGAGUUAAGCUACAAAAUCUUCUCAUUCGAUUUUCUCUCUUUAUUUCUCUCUCUAAUGAAGGGAACUCUAAGAUACUUAGCAGGAAUCGCUGGGCCAAAUGGGUUUGGCUCAAGAUCCACAGCUGAACAAGUUACACAACAUAGCUUUUUUCCUUGUUCACAUCUCACUGCCAUAAUCACUGGUUUGUCUCCCCUCAUCACUUAAACUACCAUUUACUAUUUCAGUCUUUAUAGUGUUUUUGUUGAGUAGAUAUUUGUGUUUCUUUCCAAAUUUCUUGGAUGUUCCGGGAGGGACAUUCUGCGUUCGUGUGUCCUAAGGAAGGUUUCAACUUUCAAAUAUUGUAAAAACCAAAUAGUUGUGAACUUACAUGAUCGAAGCACAUCGCCGAUAAUUCCCAAAAGGUUUAUAUUUACACAAGGAAGAACAAUUACGAUAAUUAUAAAGUCCUCAAUUAAUCUAAUGUUUUGAAGAUUUAUUUUUAUCAAAAGCUUCUGAUACUCUCAUAGUAGACACUUAUAUCUUUUUUUGUCAAACUUAGCAGACACUUAUAUAUAAUAUUUCACUUAUUGUCUUGAAAUUGCAUUACAAAAAACUUAGUCUUGAAAUGAUUAUUGUUAUAAUUUCAUAAAAACGAAAGUAGCUAGGAUAAGAGUCAGACAGUUAUAUGAUAAUUUAUAAGUUGUAUCUUUUUUUUCCAAUAUACAUGGGAAAGAAACUUUUCAGGCAAAAGAAACGAUAUGUAUAUUAAUAUUAUUAUCAAACGUUAUGAGAUAUGUGUUUUGUUUAUGCCGGCGACAAUAUAUCAAUUUUGUCUCCAUUGAAAUUUGAAACAAUAGGUAUGGUUGGUUACAGCAUAUGUCCAUAUACAAUUGAUUUGCCUUUUGACUUUAACCUUUGAUACAUGUCUCAUCGUUGCAAAACAUUACUUUAUUUAAUUUUCUUAAGGGAUCAGCCUGCCCAAAACGUACUUUAUGCCAUCUUUAUGUUCCCUAAUUUGUCGGUUAAAACUUUAUGCAAUGAGGGUCAAUGAAUUUUAAAGUGGCCUCUCUUUACUCUCUCUUUAUGUUGCAAAGAAAAACAAAAAGGCUGCUUUUAGAGACAUCAAUUGUCGAAAACCAAUUCCACUACCCAAUUGUAGUGAAAUAAUCUGGUUAAUUAUGAUUUCAGUUAUGCUGGAUCUGAAUUUAACUGUGGACUCUUUUUUAUUUUUUCCAUAUACACACAUAAUUUGGAGAAAAUACUUAAUAACAAAUAAGUUUCACUUUUGUUAAAUACACUUGCUAAAAUUAUUUUUAUCUAAGAAAGUCCAAAAGCACCAUUUCAAAAUUAACUGAUACGAAGUGAAAUGGUUCAUGUUUUUUAUAUACUAGAUUGUAUUUUUUUAUGAAAUGUUUGAUGCAUACUACUUUCUAACAGGAGGAACGUCUGGGAUCGGUGCGGAAACUGCGAGAGUGUUAGCAAAAAGAGGGGUGAGAGUAGUGAUGGCAGUAAGAGAUAUGAAGAAAGCAGAAAUGGUGAAGGAGAGAAUAAUAAGAGAGAAUCCAGAAGCUGACAUUAUAUUAUUCGAGAUUGAUCUGAGCUCUCUAUCUUCCGUUGCCAGAUUCUGCUCUCAAUUUCUUUCCCAAGAUCUUCCCCUCAACAUACUCAUAAACAACGCAGGAGUUUUCUCUCCAAAUCUUGAAUUCUCCGAAGAAAAGAUUGAGCUGACAUUUGCUACAAACUUUUUAGGACAUUACUUAUUAACAGAAAUGCUGAUAGAGAAAAUGAUAGAUACGGCAGAGAAGAGUGGAAUCGAAGGACGAAUCAUUAACCUUUCCUCUGUGAUUCACAAUUGGGUCAAGCCUGAUUGUUUCUCCUUCCCUAAAUUGCUCCAUCCCAUUAGUAGGUAUAACGGGACAAGGGCAUAUGCUCAGUCAAAGUUGGCUACAAUUUUACAUGCGAAAGCGUUGAGCAAGCAAUUAAAGGACAGGAAUGCAAACGUGACGAUAAAUGCAGUCCAUCCAGGAAUUGUUAAAACUGGAAUUAUCAGAGCACACAAGGGUCUUUUUACAGAUUCUCUGUUUUUGAUAGCUUCGAAGCUGCUAAAAUCUAUAAGCCAGGUAGGUGUGAAUAAUACAUGCUUUCCUUUUUGUCUAAAUAGUACAGUUAUGGCCCAACAUGGCAACAAGUUCAUCCUCUUUUUUCUGACACUAGAUUCCUUUUUGUUUUUUUGCAUCCCAAAUCAAAGUUUUGUCAUCAUCAUUAUUCAUGCAUUGACUCAUUUAUAAUAAUAACAUGAAAUUUCUUAAAAAUAUGCUAAUGGGAUUAGGGCGCAGCUACAACAUGUUAUGUGGCAUUGAGCAACGAAACCAAAGGGUUAAGUGGAAAGUAUUUUGCAGACUGCAAUGAGACCAAUUGCUCAGAUUUAGCGAAUGAUGAGUAUGUGGCUCUCAAGCUCUGCACCCAAAGCCGUGCCUUAAUCCAUGAUCAUUUGCAUGAAUUUCAAAUACAUGCCCUUCCUAAUUUAUGUUUUUUGUAAAUCAUCUUAAUAAUUCACUUUCUGUCAGAGACCAUCCUUCAUUUUAUUUAUGUAAAGCAGUGUUUUAAACAAGACCAAUCUCCUUGUGUGUAUACAUAAACAAUGAAUCUAUUAAGAUUAAUAGUUUAGUCAUCAUACAGGAAUUGCUUGUUUACCACAAGUAUUUAUCGCAUGUAUUUUGAACUUUUGACUCCAAAUAUUA